AUGACCGGCAGCAGCCCCGUGUCCCCUGCCUCCUCGGGCUCCCCCCCCCCCGGCAGCGUGUCCCCCCCCGCCCCCCGCCCCGAUGGCCCCCCCGGACCCCCGGACCCCCCCAGCCUAUGGGACAAGACCCAGGCCGAGAUCGCCGAGCAGGCCAAGCACGAGGCAGAGGUCGAGCACCGCGUGGCCGAGAUGAAGCGCGUUGGCUCCUGGUCCCUGCGCCGCCUGCCCAAGGCCCCAGAGCCCCCAAGGCCUAAGGUGCAUUGGGAUUAUCUAUGUGAGGAGAUGCAGUGGUUGGCUACUGACUUCAGCCAGGAGCGGCGAUGGAAGAGGGGGGUGGCCCGGAAGGUGGUGCGCAUGGUGAUGCGGCACCACGAGGAGCAGAGGCAGCGCCAGGAACGCGCCAAGCGGGAGGAGCAGCUCAAGCUGCGGCGGCUGGCGGCAAACAUAGCGCGAGAGGUCAAGCACUUCUGGAGCAACGUGGAGAAGGUGGUGCAGUUCAAGCAGCAGUCGCGGCUGGAGGAGAAGAGGAAACAGGCUCUGGAUCUGCAGCUGGAUUUCAUUGUGGGGCAGACUGAGAAGUACUCAGACCUGCUGAGCCGAAGCCUCAACGCGCCCCAUAGGGCUCAGCACACGGGGGGCUAUGGGGACCUGGAGCUGCAGGAUGAGGAUCCCCCUGAGGGAUCCCCCAAUGAGGAGAGACCCCAGAACCUGCAGGGGGUGCUGGGGACCCUGCCCCCACAGGCUCUGCUGCAGAGGAACAAGAGCCCCUGGGAGCUGAGAGAGGAGGAUGAGGAGUUUGCAGCUGAGGAGGAAGAGGGGGAGGAUGAGGAGGAGACGAUCGCGGCUCAGGAGCGGCUGGAAGGGGACGUGGAUCACAAACAGGAGCUGGAUGACCUGGCCCGGGAGGGGGCGCUGCCUAUGGAGGAGCUGCUGCAGCGCUAUGCAGGAGCCUUCGCUGACUCUGACUGUGAGUCCCCCCCCGGAGCCAGCAGCACCCGAUCAGACUCCCCCCCCGCCGAGAGUGAAGAGGAAGAGGAGGAUGAGGACGAGGACGAAGAGGACGAGGACGAAGAUGAGGACGAGGAGGAGGAGGAGGAGGAGGAGGAGGAAGAGGAGGGGGCCCCAACCCCCCCUCCCCCCACCCCCACCCAGGCCCCUCCCCCCCCCAUCACCCCCACCCCAAAGAAGGAGAUCACUGACAUUGCUGCUGCUGCCGAGAGCCUGCAGCCCAAGGGGUACACGCUGGCGACCACACAGGUGAAGACCCCCAUCCCCCACCUGCUGCGGGGCACCCUACGGGAGUACCAGCAUAUAGGGCUGGACUGGUUGGUCACCAUGUACGACAAGAAGCUCAAUGGGAUCCUGGCUGAUGAGAUGGGACUGGGCAAGACCAUCCAGACCAUAUCCCUGCUGGCACAUCUGGCCUGCGAGAAGGGCAGCUGGGGCCCCCACCUCAUCAUCGUGCCCACCAGUGUGAUGCUGAACUGGGAGAUGGAGCUCAAGCGCUGGUGUCCCAGCUUCAAGAUCCUCACCUACUAUGGGGCACAGAAGGAGCGGCGCCUCAAGCGCCAGGGCUGGACCAAGCCCAACGCGUUCCACGUGUGCAUCACGUCCUACAAGCUGGUGCUGCAGGAUCACCAGGCUUUCCGCAGGAAGAACUGGAAGUAUCUGAUCCUGGAUGAGGCUCAGAACAUCAAGAACUUCAAGUCCCAGCGCUGGCAGUCCCUGCUCAACUUCAAUAGCCAGCGUCGCCUGUUGCUGACAGGCACCCCCCUGCAGAACAGCCUGAUGGAGCUGUGGUCCCUCAUGCACUUCCUGAUGCCCAGAGUCUUCCAGUCCCACCGCGAGUUCAAGGAGUGGUUCUCCAACCCCCUGACAGGCAUGAUCGAGGGCAGCCAGGAGUACAAUGAGAGCCUGGUCAAGAGACUGCAUAAGGUUCUGCGCCCCUUCCUCCUGCGCCGCCUCAAGGUGGAUGUAGAGAAGCAAAUGCCCCAGAAGUUUGAGCAUGUUCUGAGGUGUCGACUGUCCCAGAGACAGAGGUUCCUGUAUGAUGACUUCAUGGCACAGGCCAGCACCAAGGCCACGCUGGCCAGCGGUCACUUCCUCAGUGUCAUCAAUGUACUGAUGCAGCUGCGUAAGGUCUGUAACCAUCCUGACCUCUUUGAACCUCGACCCCUGCGCUCCCCCCUGGUGACCCCUGGGCUCUGUUACCGCACGGCCGCCCUGGUGCUGAGCGCCCUGGAGCCGCAGCCCUUCCGGCACGUGACCCCGGCGCUGUAUGACCUGGUGUCGCUGGAGGGUCACGUGUCCCGCUACGCGGCUGACACGUUCCUGCCGCGCUGGCGGGUGACCCGGCGGCACCUGGAGGACGUGGCCGCGGCCCCUGACCCCCCCCCGCGGCCCAAGCCCGUGCGCAUGAAAGUCAACCGGAUGCUUCAGCCGGUCCCCAAGGCCGAGAGCCGCGCGGUCCUGCUGCUCAACCCCCCCCCGGCCUGCAGGGGGCGCCCCGGUGGGCGUGGUCCCGCUCAGCCCGGCCCCGCCCCCUGCACAAGCCCCGCCCCUCCUGCCCCCCCCAACUUGGGGGGCAAGGGGGGGCCCCCAUUGGCUGCCUAUGCCCUGCCCGGGCCUGGCCCCCAGCGCCUGCUGCUGGCCCCCGACAUGCAGGCCCGGCUGCCAUUGCCGACGCCCCUGGUGAACAGUGGGGGGGUGGUGAAGAUCGUGGUCCGCCCUGCCCCCAACCCCCCCCUGCCCCCCCCCCCACGUGACGGCCUCAGCGCCCCUCCCCCCACCCCCCCUGCCCCCCCUCCCCCACCCCCCCGGCCCCUGCUCCGGGUGCUGCCUGCUGGGACUGAGCUUGUGGGUGUCCUCAUAGGGGUGCCCCCAUUGAUCCCUAUGGGUGUCCCUAUUGAUCCAUAUGGGUGUCCCCCAACCCCUAUGGGUCCCCCCAACCCCUAUGGGAGGCAGCCCCCACCCCCACCACGGUCACCCUUUUACCUGGAGUCCCUGGAGGCCAAGCGGAGCCGGGGCCGCUCGGAGCGCCUGGAGCGGCUGCUGCGCCUCAAUGAGCUGCGCUGUGGGAUGAGCCCCAUCUAUGGGACUGAGGUGCUUGGGGUCUGCACCCUCACCCCCCCACAGCGCCCCCCGGGGGGGGCCCUGGCACAGGCACACAUCAGCCCCCCCCAGCGCCUGCAGCAGCUACAGCCGCUGCUCGAUAGGUUCAUCUUCGUGCUGCCCCCCGUGCAGGCCCGUGGGCUGUUCCUGCACAGCGCCCGCCCCCCCCCGUGGCGCCUGCGCCAAUGGGCUCUGCUGGAGCAGCGCCUGAGCCAGGAGCUGGCCCUGGACGGGGGGGGGGGAACCCCCUGUCCCCAUGGCAACGGGGGGGGGAUGGACCCUCCCAUUGCCGGGUAUGGGGAGGGGGGGGAUGGGGACCCCCAGCGCCAUAGGGAGACAUUGCAUCGGCUGCUGAGGCCAUGGGGGACUCACUUCCCGGAUAGGAGACUGGUGCAGUAUGAUUGUGGGAAGCUGCAGACCCUGGACCUGCUCCUGCGCCGGCUCAAGGCUGGAGCCCAUCGAGUUCUGAUCUUCACCCAGAUGACCAGGAUGUUGGAUGUGCUCGAGCGCUUCCUGACCUACCAUGGGCACAUCUACCUGCGGCUGGACGGGAGCACCCGCGUGGAGCAGAGACAGGCGCUGAUGGAGCGGUUCAACGCAGACAAGCGCAUCUUCUGCUUCAUCCUGUCCACCCGCAGUGGAGGAGUUGGGGUUAACCUGGCAGGGGCAGAUACUGUCGUGUUCUAUGACAGCGACUGGAACCCGACCAUGGACGCGCAGGCGCAGGACAGGUGCCACCGGAUAGGGCAGACACGGGACGUACACAUCUAUAGGCUGAUCAGUGAGCGCACAGUGGAGGAGAACAUCCUGAAGAAGGCAAACCAGAAACGGAUGUUGGGGGACAUGGCGAUCGAGGGAGGCAACUUCACCACAGCAUACUUCAAACAGCAAACCAUCCGGGAGCUGUUUGACAUGACCCCAGAGGAGCCAGGGCACCGGGAUCGGGAUCGGGAUCGGGAUCGGGAUGGGGACACGGCCCCGGAGGAGGAGGAGGAUCCGGCUGCAACCAGGAGAACACAUAUACUGGAGCAGGCUCUAUGUGGGGCUGAGGACCCCGAGGACAUCCGCGCUGCAUCCCAGGCCCAGGCUGAGCGUGUGGCUGCUCUGGCUGAGUUCAGUGAGAGCCUGAGCCCAGAGGAGGAGAUGUCCAAGGCUGAGCAGGAGAUAGCAGCACUUGUGGGGCAGCUGACCCCCAUCGAGCGCUAUGCCAUGAACUUCCUGGAGGCCUCAUUGGAGGACGUGAGCAGAGAGGAGCUGAAGCAGGCGGAGGAGCAGGUCGAGGCCGCCCGGAAGGACAUCGACCAGGCCAAGGGCGCCGGGAGCCGCUUCCGGUUACCCCCACAGGAAGAGGAAGAGGAGGAACCGGAAGAGGCGGGGCCUAGACCGGAAGCCGGGCCUGGAGGGGGCGGGACCGGAACCGGAAGCGCCGACGACGGCCCCCGGAAGUCCCGGCGGCCGCGACCCCUCCCCCCGGAGCGCAGCGGGACCCGCGUCAGUCAGCGCCUGCGCGGGGCGCGCUGCGUCGUGACGUCACUUCCGGCCCCGCCCUCCCCUCCCUCGAGCCACGCCCCUCCCGCGGCCUCCACGGAGCCGGAAGUGGGGGCGGGGACAGCGACGUCGUCGCGCACGCCGCCGGAAGUGACGUCAGCACCGGCGACGCCGCCGCCACAACAACCGGAAGAGACCCCAACGCCGCCGACUCCUCCGCCACCGGAAGUAACGUCGCCAACUGAAGUGACGUCACAACCGGAAGUGACGUCGCCGCCGUCUCCUGUGACGUCACCGCCACCCCCGGAACCGACGUCACCGCCCCCUCCCCCACCGGAAGCGCCGUUACCGGAAGCUCCGCCCCCUUCCCCUCCCCAUCCUCCGUCAUCCCCUCCCCCAUCACCCCCUCCGGCCCCUCCCCCCUCGUCCCCGCCCCCUCACGUGACUUCCGGUGCUCGCCCCGCCCCCCGCCGCCGCCGCAGCGCUGACGUCGAGAUCCGCCAGAGCCGCGGACCAGGCCCCAGCGCCAAGGUCCUGAGGCAACUUCCGGGUCGCCUCGUUACCGUGCUCGAAGCCCCGCCCACUUCCGGUUCCGGCCGCUCCCGGCGCCGCCGCCUCCCCCCUCCUCCCCCCACCCCUCCCUCUCACGACGCCGUCACUUCCGGUUCCGGUUCCGUUAGCCCCGCCCCCCCCCUCCCCAAGCGGCGCCGGGGGCGGCCCCCGAAGCGGAGGGGCGGGGCCACGAGGCGCCGACGUCAUCACAGCGGCGCCGGUGACGUCAACACCGGAAGAGGCGUCACCCGCUUGCGACGCGGGCGAGGCCGCCCUACUACUUCCGCUUCCGGUGGUGGUGUUGGGGGCGGAGCUUCCGGCGCGACUUCCGGUUCCGGUCAGAAGAGGCGGGGCCGACCCCGGAAGCGCUCCCCCUCCCCCCCCGCGCGGAGCACGCGCCGUAACCCCCCGGCGACCUUAAUGGCGCCCCUGGAGAGGGAGCCCCGGAACCGGAAGCGGCGCCGGAGCCGCCGGGGUCACGAGGCCGGAAGUGGGGAGCGGAACCGGAAGAGGCGGUGCCGGAGGGAGGAGGAGGCCGGAAGUGGCGCUCAGCGCAGGACCAGGCCCACAAGGCGCUGCGCGGAUGGGCGGGGCCGGAAGGCGAAGACGUGA